UAGGUAUCAGUGAUCCCAACCCAAUUUGAAGAAGUGCUCCGUGGCUCGUCGCGCAGUCCGUCAAGACGAGGAGAGACGAGGGCUAUGUGAGCCCUUCAUUCACCUCCUUUUUAUUUAUUUUUAUAUCUCACUCAGAAGCGCAGGGCUGGAGAGCGGAUUUAAAGGUCUUUAAGACUCUGAACCUGCACACAAAGACGGCAUUGUGCAGCCCCGAGACGCGCCAUCGAGGAUACAAGAGCGAGUGACCGGCGGACAACGCGGCUUCACCUCACACUGCAGGCAGGUGGGCGGCACGCAGCACAAGACGCCAGACCAUGAGGACCUGUGUUAGAUAUUUUCUUCUUCUAAGUCUUGCCAUUGCUGUGGUGCAGUGUCAGAGGAGAAGACCUACUAAACCAACUCCACCACAGAGAAAGCCACAUAUCCCAAAGCCAGAGCCUAAAGAGCCAACCGACUUUCCACCAGUGAUUUUUGGGCCUCCUUCCAUCUUCCCAGACUGUCCAAAAGAGUGCUUCUGUCCUCCAGAUUUUCCCACUGCCAUCCACUGUGAAAAUCGCAACUUAAGGAAGAUCCCUGUAAUCCCAGCCAGGACACAACAUCUUUACCUUCAGAACAACUUCAUAGAUGAGGUCACCGAAGACUCCUUUAAGAAUGCCUCGGAGCUCCGAUGGCUCAAUCUGGACAACAAUCGGAUCAAAAAAGUGGAACGAUCAGUCCUAGAGAAGUUGAGCAGUCUGCUUUUCUUGUACUUGGGGAAGAACAACCUCCAGGAAGUGCCUGGCUUCUUGCCUCCAAACCUGGAGCAGUUGCGCUUAUGCAAGAACCAAAUCUCUAAAAUUCCUUCUGGGGUUUUCAACAAGUUGGAACACCUGUCCAUGCUAGAUCUCAACCAUAAUAAGCUGACUGAUGGAGAUGUAGGAAAGAACAUCUUUAAAGGUCUCAAGAACUUGGUUCAGUUAAAUCUGGCACACAAUAGCCUGAAGAAGAUGCCCACCAACGUUCCACUGAAUAUCAAUCAGCUCUUCUUGGACCGCAAUAACAUUGAGGAUAUUCCCGGUGAUUACUUCAAGAGCUUUUCUAAAUUGGCCUUCCUUAGACUAAAUAACAAUCUACUGACAGACAAGGGUGUUCCUAAAAACAUUUUCAACAUUUCCAGUCUUCUGGACCUUCAUCUGGCCCAUAACAAACUACACAACGUUCCCAUUUUCAGUCACAAGCUGGAGCACUUGUACAUCAACCACAACAGCAUUCAAAAGAUCAAUGGCACAGAAAUCUGCCCGUUCCCUAUAAUGGCCAUCGACUGGGAAAAGGAGGAUGAACAGCCCCACCUGAGAUUCCUGAGAAUGGAUGGAAAUGCAAUUUCACCCCCAAUUCCUUUGGACCUUAUCAUGUGCUUUCGAAACCUCAAAUCAAUUGUUAUCUAAAUCCCCCCUUUUGCUAUAUAUUCUCCACUUUAGUUAUGGGAAUGUAUCUUUUAUAUGUAAAAGUCUUAUUUUAAAGUUCAAGAUGUCAAAAUGAAGGAGGUAAUGGAUUAAACAAACCAUUAUUUAUUACAAAAAGUCCGCCUGCAGUGUCUCUCUGGCACUCCUGUACAUGAAAUGACUAUGGUAUCCUGUAUGUACUGUACAUGUUUUUCUGCUCUUUUGUGUUAGUAGGCAGGUGCCAGCCAUAACAUAGUGUUUGGGCACCUUUAGUACACUUGUAGUGUCUGCUUAGACUAGAGGAGCGAAAGGAAAAAGAAAGCAAAAUGAUUAUUUCUGUGAAUAUAUCACUUGACAUUCGCCUUAAAUACACUGUUAAAACGAACACGAAAUUUUAUAAGGUUUGGAAAAAAAUGCCUAUUGAGCUGUCAUUUGUUAUGUUUUAAAUUAACAAGGCUUACAAUCAAAAGAACAUGUUGUACUUUAAUUCUUUGGCAAGCAGCAUGUUGUGUGUCUUUCUUUUUUAUAUUUAAAGAUCACGUUACUAUAAGUACAAUCAGUACAACAUUCCAAAAAAUUAAGAUGUAUUAAAUCAUCAACCAAAAACCCUUGCCUUCUUAUUUUGGAGAAUUGUGUGAAUAAGAAAAAAAAAAAUAAAACAUGUUUAAUAAAAGAUCAAAAGUAAAAAAA